AUGAUUUCCGCCGUACCUCCUCCACGACCAAUUUCGGUCAACUCCUCGAUCCUUCCCCUGUCGUCUACGUAUUCGGCCACCCACAAGAGCACAAGCAGAUGUACGAGCGCGGAUAUUCACAACGACGAUGUGGACUCAACGCAGUCGCUGAAUGUUUCGUUCGAGUACCAUCCCAGUGUGGCUGCGGAAAUGGAAGAUACCGGGAUCCAAUCCGACGUACCAUGUCCCACCAACCGAUCAAGCCUGCAAUUUGAACACCUGCCUAUUGAAAUACACGAAGCGAUUCUCGACCAUUUGUUUGGAGAACGUGCACCAGCUUCGGGCAACAACGGGUCAGGCCCAGCCUCUCGGAGUUGGGUCAAGGCGUUGCGACAUCCUAGGAGGAAAGCCUUGUCGGACCUAUCUUUGAUAUCGCCGCUUUGGAGGACCCUGGUACAAGAGCGAAUCUUUAGACACAUCAAGGUCAAAGGGACCAAGGAUGGUCUGACGGAAACUGAAGAUUGGUUUGGACUUCACCCCCAUCUCGUAUCCUACGUGCGACAUAUCGAAGUCUGGGUCCCUGUCUGGGGAAACCGGGCUCGCAAGAAUAUUACCGCACAGCCUCGUGAGUUUUUAGCGGGACGACGGCAUUUGAAUGAAGACACUGGAUUGGCGGGAGUCAAUGCAAUGCUACAGGGGACUGUGUCGAGAUGGGAGGAGCAGGAACACGGCAGUUAUGCCUCAAACAACUUUGCAUUUCACAUGGCUAGCCACAAUGCGAGUCUCGAGGACAUAUUCCGGCAUGUAGGGAUAUUUUUUCCCGCAGCACAAAUCUUGACACUUGAAGCCGGCCAUUGCAAGAAACCUCCUCUAAUCACACAUUUCGCCGGUGAUCCGUAUGGAUUGAAGGGCGAGUUCCAUCUUGAGCCGCUCCCCAAUGUCAGAACACUUGUUAUGCGUGGCGCGUGGAAUAUCAUGCGGGACUAUCGUCACUGGGCAACGAUUUCGGAAGCAUUGCCCUCGCUGCGGGAAUGGCAUUGCGCAUAUGCCAAGCCAAAAACGGAAGCAUGCCACACCAUUUACAAGGCAUUGUCCAACUUAUCAUCUAGCGUGGUACACCUCGAUAUUAGCCUUGAAGGCUUCCACAGCAACGAUCAAUCUCACUGGCAUGGUGACAAGGUGAGCCACCGUAACCACCUUUGCCGACUGUUGGGGAGUAUCGCGCCGCGGUUGGAACAUCUCAGUUUCACGGGCAACGUCUGUUCGAGCUUUUUCAAUGCUGCACGCGCAGCCAUAUCUCAUCGGCCACAAGAUGCAAGGCUCAGAUCUCUCGACCUUGUUGUCAAGACCUGCUGUCGAGAGGCAAGCAGCGAGCCCUCGUCUCCUGUUCUGGAAGAGCCAUCUGGAAUCACCAAUCUCAAGUUCAUCCAGUCGUUUGAGAAAUUGGUCUUGGGUGCGGUCCGGUCACUAGAAACGUACCUGUCGUUGUCGUAUAUACGAAUUCGCUUCAUCGACCUCGACUCGACAUGUGCAUUGCUCAACCCAUACUUUCAAAUGGUGGGCUAUGAAUGCACGGGGCUGUGGAAUAUCCAGAUAAUCGAGACUCUUGCGCAAGUGCGGCCAUCCACCCACUAUAUUCAGUUGUCCGAUGGCAUUUAUCCACAACUUGGUGCUAAUCAUACCAUCAUCGGCGCUCUAUAUCCUCGCACACGCCCCCUCAGCAUCAACGCUAGCAAUUACAAGAUUCUUUCUGACGCGGCCAAGUCGUGA